GUGCACAAUUUCAUAUGUGCGUUACAUUUGAUGACAUCCAAUGUUAUAAGUGCAAAUGUACGCGUAUGAUAUGUGCUUAUUAAUUCAUGUAGGGAGAUUGCAACAGAAAUAUUUAAUUACUAGCUGGCCAUUAAACUCUCGCCAUCUUACUAACAAGGUUUCAGAAACCUGGAGAUUAUAGAUCAUUACUUUGAACUGAAACCGUGCUACUUCCAUAUUCUUCACAUUUAAAACAACCAAUAAAAGAUUUUGUGGUUUACAUUCUAUCCUUCAGCAAUAAGUUAAAUCAGAUUGCUUAUAAUUGGCGGAAAAUUCUUUGAAUCCAUAUUUCGUAAUGCAGUGGAAAUCUAAGAAAAUUGAGGCAAAGGAUACUACUUUCAAUCCUGACAAUAUUGGUGAUAUCGACUUCAGUAGUGAAGAUCUUGAACAGGAAUUACUUGACUUAUUGCAUAAUGAUCCAACCCUUGAGAUUUCUAAUAAAUCUUCGUCUUUUGAUCAGGAUGAAAAAAACUGUGAUGAAGACGAUGAAUUGUUACUUGCUGAACUAGUAAAAUCAAUGGAAAGUGGGAAAUCUGCUGUACCUAACAGAGCUAAUAAGAUGGAUGAAUUAGAAAUCAACGAAGAUAUUUUCGGCAAUCAAAAGACAAGUACUGGUAGUACUUCCAAGUCGCCUCAUCAAACAUCGGGGUUCGAAGGAAGUGAUUUUGGAUCGUCAUUGCUGAGUUCUCCAAGAAACAGUGGUCUGACAACGAAUUCAAAGGUACCUUCAAAUAAUAAUGCUUUGGGAAAUAGUUCAGGAAGUACUUUAAAACCGACUGCCGCUGAUGUAAAACCUGAUAUUCGUCAAGCUGUAUUGGAUUAUAUCAAUCCAAAAACUUCUAAUUCUGGUCUAGAUUUAUUAAAAAAUCGUCAUAAAGAAUACAAAUUAGCUGCUUUGAAAGCUCGGGAUACAGGCCAACUAGGGAAAGCAAAAGAAUUAUUGGAAGCAUCAAAAUGUAUUGGAGAAGCUAUCGUGAAUAUAGAAGCUGGCAAAGAAACAUUCGAUCCAGAGACAGACUUACCUCCUCCGCCAUCGGAGUAUGAAUUCUCUAAUGAGGGGGAUCCAAACAAUGAAACUGUGAUCGCUCAGCCACCACCUUCAUCUCAGCCUGUAAAAUCGACUAUACCAGAUAUUAUGAAAACGUCUAUUGUUUGCACAGAAAAUAUCUUAGCUCGUAUAACCUACUAUAAAGAAAAAUUAAAGGAAAUAACCAACGAUGACUCAAAGAAACGUCGUUACAAUCGUAUUCUCACACGGUAUGAUGAAGGACUGAGAGCUUGUGAACAUGGAGUUACUUCGUUUGAAUUUGAAGAGUUGGUCCCACCUCCAGGUUAUCCUCCACUUACUGAUCGUUCUAAAUUAAGUAAAAAUGUAAAAUUAUCUAACAAUGAUCCAAAAACAUCUCUUGCAAAACCUAGCUCUGGGCAUCCAAUAAAAAAUAAAACGGAAGCAAUUGUUGAACUAUUAACUAAACGUCAAGAUGAGUUGAAACAAGCCGCUAAAGCUGCAAAACAAUCUGGUAAUAUUGAAUUGGCUAAAAUGUACAUACGAUCGGUUCUUGGAAUGAAUCAAAUGAUACAAGCUGCUGAAGCUGGCUUACCAAUAGAUUUAACUCAGUUACCACGGCCACCUGCACUUACUGAUUCUAAUCCAUCUAGACCUAUAUUAAGUGGAUUAAAAUGUGAUCCACCUGUAAAGUAUGCCGUUGCUUUUAAUUCUUUAUCAGGUGAUCAAUUAUUUAAAACAUACUCAGAAAUUUUAUCAGAACAAGAACAACUAAUUAACAAUUUAAUAAAUCAACAUCGUCGUAAUGGUGGUGCUAAUGCACAUUCGAUAUUAUCGAAAUUAUCUGAUUUACUUAGUGUGAAUACGUGUAUCAAGAAAUUAUUAUCUAAAUACAAUCAACAUGUAUCUAAUUUAACCGCAUAUUUUGAAUAUGCCAAUUUGCCUAAAUGUAAUUUGAAUGCUGAAUUAGCGGAUGAUAUACUUGAAGUUAGUAAUAUUCAUGGUAUAGCUUAUCCACUUCCAUCACAUUAUUCAAAUAUUGAUACUUAUGUUGAAGUUGAAUUCAGUUUAAAUAAUGCCAAUCCACCAAUGAAGUUAUCUACCAAUGUAGUUAAAUCAAGUAGUGAACCAAUAUAUAGUCAAUCAGUUAAAGAAUUUCGUGUAAAUACAAAAAGUCAUUCAUAUAGACGAUUUGUUCAGAAUAAUCGUUGUCUAAAAGCAACAGUAUAUUACAAUCGUGGUAUAUUUCGAAGCUGGGGUGUACUAGGUAUAACUGAAAUUCCUCUUACUGGACUUGUCCAAUCGGCAACCGUAACUCAUGUUGGUGAUUUGAAAGAAGGUCGUAAAGUAGUAGGGGGUCGUCUACAAGUACAAUUAAGACAACGUGAAUCACUUAGUGGAGAAACUGUUGUUUAUCAACAACAGCCUUGGCUUUUAUUAUCUGCACCGAAACAGAUUAAUGAAUCACCUAAACUUAUUGAAAUCGAAAAUUCAAAAAAUAAUCCCGUUUCCUCAUCUUCUUUGUCUACGCCAAAACAGACUGAUUCACCUAAAUCUAUCAGAAGUGAAAAUAUAAGGCAUAGCCCUGUUCCUUCAAUUUCAUCAAAACAAACUAAUUCACCUAAACCUAUCAGAAUUGAACAUGCAAUGAAUAAUCCUAUUUCUUCUUCUUCUUCUUCUUCUGUCUCUACAAAAGCAACUAAUUCUGUUUCAUCGUCAUCAUCUCGUGUUGUUAUCGUAAGAAACAUAGAUAAUUCUUAAUUGUUUCAUUAAUUGAAUACAUAUUAUGAUACUUUAUAUUUCACUUGAAAUGUCAUGCAUCAAGAAAUCAAGUACAGAUUUGCUUUUUUUUAAUAUCAAAUGAACAUAGAAUUACCUAUUACAAUGAUUAUUCGAAGGAUAAUUCUAUCUAUAUUCAUGUAUCAUUUCAAAGAGAUGUUUUAUGUAUAUAAUUCAUUUGGUAAUAAUGAAAUUUCUAAUAUUACAAAAUUCUUUUUCUUUCUUUUUUUUAAUUUCCACAAGUCAUUUUUGAUUUGUUUUCUUUCUUUUUUCUUUUUGAAAAAAAACUAUUUUCAGUAGUACUAUAAUUCUCAUUAGAUAUUUGGUUUCUUGUAUUUACUGAUUAUGAAUCAGUUAUAAGUAGUAUAUUGACAACUGGUAGGAUUUUUCAUCAGUUUAAUUUGUCACAUAUUUACUUAUGAGUAAUUUAUCUCUAGGAGUAAACAAUUUAGUACUGAUGAAAUUUCAUUCAAACUUCUGGAAAUUGUUUAUUACAAAUGAUUGACUGAUAUAAUAAUAUUUAUAAUCCAAGCUUUUGAACACUUGCGUUGGUUGAAAUAAUUGAUAGUCACAUAUUCAUAUAUCAGAAGGGGUUUUGUAAAGAUUGUAGUAAUUUCAACAGUUGAGAUCAUGAGUCAAUUGAAGCUAGACCACCAUGGAAAACCUGGAAGCACUGGACGACCGUUUCGUUCUAUUGUGGGACUCUUCAGCAGUGCGCAUCCAUGACAUAUUCAUGUGACGAUUACGAGAUGGAGAAGAUUUGUAGCUGAUGUGGAUAAUUUAGGUGGAGUUUUGUUCUAUGAGCUAGAUGGUUUGUUCGUGGAGCUUUUAUUGUUCAUCUGAACAACAUCAUUAGCACAAACUUCUACCUGACUUUUUUUGACGAUGAUGUUGUUCAGAUGAACAACAAGAACUCCACGACCAAACCAUCCAAAUUACAGAACAAGACCACCUAAAUGUGACCAUUAUGUUAUUUUGUACAUGC